AUGCCAGCUCGUCCGCCUCGUCCCCCAAUGUCGAGACCUGCUCCUAGGCCCAGUGCAGGCCCUUCCGGCCUCCCAUCUGCCUUUAGACCCUCUGGCAACUUUCCUUCGGGCGUGCGUCCCCCUUCUCGUCCACCAGCGUCACCGUCGUCAGGCGCCAGACCUCAAAGUAGCGCUUACAGCUCAGCAGGCAACCUCUCUGUGCCCACUGCAUCCGUCGCUCCCGUCAGUCCUCCCUUUUACCCAAGACCUCCGGGUGCACCUGCUCGACCGACACCGACGACGAAUCAGAGCACGACUGUCAGACCGCCAAUAACUUCACGUCCUCCAGCACCUACGAGCGGCGCCGUUGCUGCUAG